UAUUUUUCCUGUCAAUAUAUUUUUGAUUCGAGAUAUGUGUUUUUGUUUAAACAGUAAAUAAACAAGAGAAAAGAUGAUUUUACAAUAUUUCAUAUUAUUAGCGUGUUUUACGGGAGUGUUGCAUAAUUGUUAUGCAGAUGAUGAUAAAUCGUCCCAUAAUAACAAUUUAUCCCAUUUGAAAUUAUCAGAGAAGCAAGUAAUUCCAGAUUGUUACUUUGGUGUCGAUACGCUUUCGUUUAUUCUUUUUACAAGGAAGGAUAAAGAUGGUAUCAAUCUUACGAUCAAGAAUCUAACGAGUUCCCACAUAUUUAGAAAAGAUGAACUAAUACAUCCAGUUAUAAUCCUUAUACAUGGUUUUAUUUCAUCUGCAAAUAAUUCUAAUUACGAGGAUUUGGCAAAUGUUUUGUUAGAAAAAGAGGAUUUAAUUGUAAUAUCAGUCGAUUGGAAAGAGGGUGCUUGUAAUGGCGGCUUAUCUGUUCUUGAAUACGCUGGUUAUUUUAAGGCUGUUAAAAAUACGCGAGCAGUUGGCCAAUAUGUCGCUAAUUUUACCAAGAUUCUCGUAGAUAAUUAUGAGGUGCCUAUGAAAAAAAUUCAAAUAAUUGGACACAGCUUAGGCGCACACAUUGCAGGUUUUGCAGGGAAAGAAGUUCAAAAGUUAAAUAUGGGAAAAUAUCAUCGAAUUACUGGGCUUGAUCCCGCUGGGCCCGCAUUCGCGGACAAGGAUUGUUCGAACAGACUCUGCAAAACAGAUGCAGAAUAUGUUCAAGUUCUACAUACAACUACUUUAAUCGGAUCGGACAAACGCUUUGGAAACAUUGAUUUCUAUAUAAAUAAGGGAUAUUUGCAACCCAGUUGCCAAAAUAGUCUUAACUUAAUUAAAGAUGCCACCUGUUCUCAUUCUAGAGCUGUAGAAUACCUUACCAAUUGCCUAAAAUAUAAAUGUUGUUUGGUUGGCAUACCGUGGGAUUAUUCCAACUACAGGAUACCUCUUUCAAAGUGCACCAAAAAGACUUGUGUUUGUAUUGCAUUGAACACAGAGAAUUAUCCUGCCGAUGGUUCAUUUUAUGUACCAGUUAAGGCCAAAUAUCCCUAUUGCUAUAACAAAGGCAUUAAGUUUUAAUUACGAAAGGAAGUUCCUAUGGAAGUUAAUACAUGUAAUCACGAAUAAAUGAUGAGAAAUUAGAUUAUAUAGAAAUAUUUAUACAUAAAUAAUAUUGUAAUAUUAUUGUGUGUACUAGUUAUUAUUAUAUCUUCGUUUUGUUAACGAUUUGUAAUAUAACAAAUAUUAUUAUAAAUAAAAGAUGGACAAGUGUAAGAAUUGA